AGCACCCAUUGCUUUACUUGUCUCUCUGUUUCCUCUUUUUCUCUUCUUUCUCUCUCUUAUUCCCUCCCUAACCCAUUCACACUCCCUCGUUACAACGAGAAUCAACUUCCAGAUUAUGGCACCUCCAAAAUUAAACAUCAAAUUCGACAAAAGAAGUGGUUCCCGUGUGGGAGAUGUUUCCCUCUGACUUCCCUCAUCUCUCUCCUCCCAAAAAAAAAAAAAGUCUUAUCUCCUAUAUAUAUAUAUAUAUAUAUUUUUUUUUUUUUUUUGCCAUCCACCCUUUAUGGUGCUGUUUACUAAAACGAGAGCCAACACACACACAGCCGGAAAACCCUCUUGUUCUUGCUGAUACUGAUACUCUUCCCUUCACUCAGGGAAGCAACCUGCGGUUUUUUAUCGUACAGUACUAUACUAUAAUUUUUUUAUAUACUGAGAACGUUGGAAAUUAACCAGAACAGCCCAUUCAAAAGCGAACCGUGUAUCUUAUCAACUAAGUUUUCUUGGAAAUCUAUUUCCCAUGGAAGAAAUGGAGCUUUAGAUUCCCCGCUCUCAUUUUCAUUAUUAUGGAAAGUCGGUAGAAGUUUCUGUUCAAGUGGAAGUUUCGCAGUAACAGAAGGGAAAGUGUAGAGCGGAAUAAAUGAAAAUACAGAUUCAGAAAGUGGUCUUUCUAUUGUCCAUGCUGCCCCGGAUUACUCUUAAAGACCUAUCCCAUUAGCUUAAGAAUUGAAUAGAAAAGCUUGAAACAGGGAAAAACGUCAUCUGGUUUGCAUGAGCUUAUCAGCAUACUGAAUAACCUGUUAUCUGUGCAAGUAUUGCUUUCACAACGUUGGCUCAGCACGGUGCUGAUAUAUGUUCACCUGACAUCCAUUUGUCCCGACUUGGCACUUACUGUUGAAUACUGAAUGGUAAGCUGGUCGAAGUAAGGAAUUUGCUCCUGUCUUAAGUGCUUGCUGGAAGGGAAGUUAGCUCUUAGCAGAUUCAUCUAAACAUGAUGACGCCAAAUCUGAACUUGCAACCUGAAAAUCAUUCGGAAGUCAGUAGCCAAGUAGCUUCCAAUAUAUCCUUGCAAGAAACGUCCCAUGAUCUUACCAAGGACAGCAACACCACUUCUUCCUGUCUCACAAAUAUCACAAAACCUGAAACUGAUCCAGUGUCUUUUUCCCUCGACUUGACCCUCAACGUCAACUCCAGCGAUGGUGAGUUGAAACGCACAAGUGAUGCCAGCAGUGAAGUGGGAGGUGAAGCUCAACCUUCAGGAUCAGCAGUUCCCAGGGUUUUCUCUUGUAAUUACUGUAGGAGGAAGUUCUUCAGCUCUCAGGCUUUGGGUGGCCAUCAAAAUGCUCAUAAAAGGGAGAGGACAAUGGCGAAGCGCGCGAUGCGAAUGGGGAUGUUCACUGAGAGGUACACAAGCCUGGCAUCGCUGCCGCUUCAUGGUUCUGCUUUUCGGUCUCUUGGUAUUGAAGCUCAUGCUGCAUUGCACCAACGACCUGUGCCAUCACUGAGGCCUCCCGACCCAAGAGUUGGUGCAAAAUUUGAGAAAGAUUACUUUGGACCAAUGUUCAUGGAAGAUGAUGAUAAUACGGGUCUGUUCUGGCCUGGGAGUUUCCGGCAGGUGGAAGGCAGGGCUGGUGUUAGUAUGGGCCAUGAACAUGCUCAACGUUCAACUACUAGUCUUGCAGCAAUUGCGCCGCCACCGCCACUACCACCCCCGCAACCAGAAACAUCCACAUCACCUGAUCUCACUCUGAAGCUCUAAGAUUUUCCAUCUUUUGUGUAAUUCUCGUCAGACAUGAAAUUAUUAUUUUCAGUUGGGCGUGCGUUGUACAGUGAGCAAGUACUUCCCAUAGAUUUUUUAAGCUUACUCCAGGUCCUUAUCAAUUGUUUCUUCUAA